CUCUCCCUUUCACUUUAAGUGGCCGGCCCUCUCGACACCACCCAGCUUCUCCUUUUCCUCCACCUCCUUUUCUUGCCCCCAUUUCUGAGUCGUCUCCUACCUAGGUCUUGUCUGUUGGUAGCUAUACCUGGGUACAAUCCCAUGAGGCCAUGAGUGCAAGCAACUUUGGGGACAGCAUGGAGUGGGGCAGGGGGAGAUCCUCCUCCUCAUCGUCGGGGUCGGGGUCGGGGUCCAGGAGGGGCAAGAGAGCCGCCGCCGUCGACAAGCCGAGGCAGCCGCAGCGGGGCCUCGGCGUCGCGCAGCUUGAGAAGAUCAGGCUGGAGGCCGAAAUGGCCGCGUACCAGCACCACCCUCCUCUCGUCGGACAGCCACCUCCGUCGUCGUCGAUCCACGGAACCGGUAGCUUCAACCUGCAGGAAGAUGCACGGUCGUCGUUGAACUACUCACUGCCGUCUUCGCCGUCCUCCUCCUUCCAUGCUAACAACACCAACGUUUCAUCUACCUACCCGUUCCAUCCAAAUCUUGUGAUGGCCUAUAAUGGAUGGAGAUCAGGAGAGAUGAGAUAUGGCGAAUCGCCAACUGCUCCCAUCACCAGAUCAGCGUCAAAUUAUCAUGGAGCAACUACCUAUGGUACAACACAUUACCCUCAUCCGGGUAGCGAUCACACGUUGCCUCUCUUCGAGCCCAAGCUAGACCUAAAUCAAAUGGCGACAGUAGACUCAUCGUCGGCGAGUACGAACCUGGAUGAUGUGGACCUUGAGCUGAAGCUAUGAUCCCACCUGGUUAAACAUGAUGUCCAUGCUCCUGGCAUAUUCAUCUAUAUGAUGCCACACGAACCGCGGUGUGUUUAAUUCUCAUGCAUAUAUUGGAUUGUGAUUGAUUUGGUGAUGGAUGCUGGCUAGCUAGCUAGUUAAUUUGUACAGACAUAAGCGCACUAUGGCCAUGGAUUUCAGAAUAUAUAAAUGUUUCUGACGCACUGAUCCGGCUGCCUUUUGCACCUAGCUUCUGUUGUAUAAUGACAAGGUACGUAUAUUCUGGUGCAGUA